UCAUUUCCUCAGGAGAGAUGCCAGAGAUUAAAUGACCGACUCUAACCGACAAGUGGCGAUGUUGACCUGCAACUGGAGCCGACGGCACAGAGAAGUCACCGGCUGUCAGCGCUUUCUCUCCCACCGUGAUUCGUCGCUAAGUAUCUCGCGGCAAGCAACACUUUGUAACCAACGCAGAGCUCCGUAUAUGGAGCACACCGGUAUAAGAUGCUUCACGGGCUAACGCGUUGCGAUUUUAUUGAAGUGCAACCAAGUACCACCGAGAUAUCUCGUCCAUGAUCUAUCGGACCAAUGCCACUUCUGUUGACGAGACGCGUACUUCGUUUCAACGGUUCUGUCCUCGCGCUGCCACCGUAGCGAAACUCCAACGGAAUCGAUUCUGAUGUCACUCGGUUGUCGUGCAACGAGAGUGAAGUUGCGCUUUGCAGUGAAAUUAGCAACCGGUGGGACACUAUACGGUACUGGGAGGACAGCCCCGGUAUUGCAGCGGUGGUCUGCAACACUGUAAGUUACGCACGGGACGACAAAUAACUGCUCUGAUUAAUCUUUUACAGCGCAAUGGGAAAAGGUGCCUCUCUUUCCUUGUAAGAUGUUUCCACACCAUCGAGAAAGGGAGCAGCCUGUGUUCAGUGCCAGGGCUCAUGUGUUCCAGAUCGACCCAUCCACCAAGAGGAACUGGAUCCCGGCCAGCAAGCAUGCCGUCACUGUGUCCUUCUUCUACGACAGCAACCGCAACGUGUACCGCAUCAUCAGCGUGGGCGGGACUAAGGCCAUCAUCAACUGCACCAUCACCCCCAGCAUGACCUUCACCAAGACGUCUCAGAAGUUUGGCCAGUGGGCUGACAACCGAGCCAACACCGUGUACGGGCUCGGCUUCGCCACCGAGCAGCAGCUCCAGCAGUUCUCUGAUCGUUUCAAGGAAGUGAAGGAGGCCGCCCGCCUGGCCAGGGAAAAGUCUCAGGACAAGAUGGAACUGGCCAACACUGCCCUGACCAUCGCUGCCCCCCAGUUCUCUCAGGACCUCUGUGACGAGCUGCAGUCCCCAGUGAUGUGUGUGAACGGUCCGGCUGAAGACAAGCUGUACCGCAGCCAGAGUGCUGACAUCACCCUAUCCUCAGAGAAGGAACGCAUCAAGAAGAUGCUCUCAGAAGGGUCGAUCUGUGAGAUGAACCUGGAAGCAGAGCUGUUCUCCCUGCAGGACAGCAACAGCAAGCUGGUGGCAGCACUGCAUGAGGCCAACUCCAAUGUGGAACAGUGGAAGAAACAGCUCACAGCCUAUCAGGAGGAGACAGAAAGGCUCAGAGACCAGGUGGCUGACCUUGAGGCCCAUGGAGGCCAGGGUCCCAGUGACAUGCUGAAGGACGAGCUGACGCAGUCUCUGGAGGAGCUGGAGGCCCUGCUGAAGGCCAAAGACGAGGAGAUCCACAUCCUGCAGAGCCAGAAAGCUGAGUACCAGGAGAUGGAGCAGGAGAGGGAGGAAGCCACCCAUAGACUACAGGAGCUGCAGAUGCGCAGCGUGGAGCUGGAGCGGCGGGUGCAGGGCUCAGAGCACAGUCUGGCCGCCUCGCUGGAGGAGCGCGACCGCCUGGAGGGGGAUCUGCAGAGGGCUGUGGACAUCCUGGACCUCAAGAUCUAUGACCUCAAUGACCUGCGCCAGAGCCUGGCCAAACUGCUCGACAAAUAGACACAGACAGGGGGAGGGGAGGAGGGGAGAGGAUGAGUCUGAAGUUUGUUCUCUUCUGUACACAAUCCAUAAUUUCAUAGGACAGAUGAGAAGGGUGGAGACAGGUGAGAGAGAUCUACCUGAGGUUCUCCCCUCUGGUGUUGUGUGGUGCUGGCUCUUUUACAUUAGGCUUGUUAAGUUUUUAGGUUGUUAGCUAGCAUAGAAAUCCUGUCUGUCUGAUGUUGUUGUGCUGCACAACCUCCUCUACUUGGCUUACCCAACGCAUUUAAGUGUCUAGGCAACAAACCAAGGGCCAAUGGGUUCACACAUGCUUGGUGGGGCAGAGGUCAUACUGGUGAGGCAGAGGUCAUACUGGUGGGGCAGAGGUCAUACUGGUGGGGCAGUCAUACUGGUGGGGCAGAGGUCAUACUGGUGGGGCAGCGGUCAUACUGGUGAGGCAGAGGUCAUACUGGUGGGGCAGAGGUCAUACUGGUGGGGCAAUGAUGUCUGAAGAACCCUUUAGAACAAACGCUCUGAAAUCCCAAGCGACCACGCCAGCGGAACCUAUUUAGCGCUCAGCUGUUCUGUCAUCUGGUUGUUGUUGGGGCGGUUUCCCUGUGCCCUCACUGCUGCAGCAGGGGAACCACUAGUCAAGUUCUAAUUUCACCCGAUGCCAUUGUUACGUAAUUUGUGGGCGGUCUAUUGGUUUACGUUCUAAGUGCAUGACAUUGCGGCUGGGAGUCAAGCUAAUCACGUAUUUAAUGUACGUGUAGAGGGCAAUGACCUUGAGAUGACUCAGUUCUGAGCUUGAGAUAAGGUCAUUUAACCAGACCCCCAAGCCUCCGUAUUCUCAGAAGUAUUCCAAUGAUUCUGCAAGUUUAGUGUAAUUAAAAAACACAAUCCAAGUUUGUUGUCAAAUUUAAGAUGCAAGAAAAUGUUGAUGUAUAGGUGACAUAUCGGUCAGGUAUGACAGCAUGUUGAGAUGCAUCCUGCAGCAUUUAUGCAUGAGAACCCAAGCAUCAGUGCAAGCUUCAUGUUAAAAACAUUAGCUAAUGUACACCAAAGACCACCAGUGUAGAGAAAACUGACGCCUGUGAUGGCGACACUACAUUAAAUCAACAUUAACCAUCAUGUAUCGACAUAGCAAUGCCUACAGUAACAGCAUUGUAGUUGCAUAGGAACUGCUAUGGAAUUGAUGAUAUAUCAAUAUUGGGAUGAUAUAGUGUUAGGGGUAUAGGUUAUUAGAAAGUGUAAGAAGGUUAAUGGUGUAAUCUUGAUGCAAUGUGCUGUCUGAAACCUUCCAGUUUAUCUGACUGUAUAUUCAUAUUAGUUUAAGAUAGUUACUGUACCAACAGGAUGUUUAAGUAAGCUCCUAUAGCUGAAUAAGAUAGCUAAGGUUUAGAACAAUUAAGUACUUUCACUUGCAAUUUCAUUGUUCAAUACUACGAAUAAGAACAUUAGGAAAAGUUUGCCAAAAAGUACGGUAGUUAACACUGUUCAGGUGCACUCAUGUGAAGAACAGUGUGUGGAUAACCAUGUCUGCUGUCUUUAAAGCCUUAUUUUGAAACAAAGCAUACAGGAAUGUGUAAUGAAUCCAGAUAAUAAAAUAAGUGCU